GGUAAUGUGUUAUGUGUUAGGUGUUACGUAUACGGGGAUUGGAAGGAGGACCUAGUUAAGUUCUUUUUUUAUCGUAGGAAAUGAAGGACUAUGGUAUUAGGAGAAUUGAAUGUUUGAGUGUCUCUUAUUCAAGGUUUUGAACUGGAAGAAGGAGUUGGAAACACAUAAGGUAAGAAUGUAAAUUUGGGGAGAUGGGAGGCGAUCCUAUGGUUUAUGGUAGAUAUAGAUUUGUUAUGUAAGGAUAUAUUAUUGUGUGUACUGUGUAGAUUCUUUAUUACUGAAAUAUCCCUUGCUUUGCAUGAUUCGCAGUUUGAUUAUGUUGCCUUUAUUGAUGUAAGAUAGCCAUUGAAUGCAGAUCAUGCUGGAGGUUAAUUUUCAUUUGAAAUGAAUCUCGAACCUUAAUUGUGAUUCUUGUGAAAUUUAUGAAUGUUGAAGCAACUCAAAUUUGGGAAGCUAAAUGAAAUUCGGCUUGCCAGGACCUGGAAGGGAGUGCUGCAUACGUGGAACUCCUUCUAGAUAUUGGAACCUGGAAUGGAAGAGGAUCACCCUGUUGCUAGGAGAUGGGAGGACCUGGAUAUUGAUAUCUUGGUCAAGAUCUUCCAGUCUUUCGACAUAUUUAAGUUAAUUUCGGGGAUUGCUCAUGUCUGCAGUGCAUGGUGCUUGGCUUGUUGUGAUCCUUUGCUUUGGAAAACACUUGAUUUGUCUAUGCUGAAAUCAAAUUUCAUCAAAAUCCCAUUACAACCAUAUGUAUACGUGGAUGCUUGUUCUGAGAAGAUAUUGACUUGUGUGCUUAAGACAUCUUUGAAUCUCAACCGGGGAAGCACAAGGACUUUGAUUUUUCACUUCAAUUUAUAUGUGAGUGAUGAUCAGUUGACAUCUACUGCUGAAAGGUAACGUCUUGGCUGCCAGCUUUUAACAGGAUAAAGAAAGCUGGAUUGUGCAAAGCUAUUCAAAGCUGCAAGGAUCUUGAAUCCCUGACAAUGCCCAGCAUAGCAAAUCCUCCAUAUCUCAUGGAAGCAAUUGCAAAGAAUUGUAAGAACUUUUUUGAACUCAAAGUGAUGGGCACUAUUAAUUUCUACUUUGCUUUUGCCCUAGUUAUGUGUCUGCCAAAGUUAAAAGUCUUGAGCCUCCGGUGCACAAUGCUUAAAAGGGAUGCCUUGAUCAUCAUCUUAGAUGGCUUGCAAAGCCUCGAAGUGCUUAACACAUCACAUUGCCUUCUGAUAGAAGUACAACCCCCUCCUUUUUCAAGAAGAAUUAUUAAGGAGCUUGAUGAAACUAUUUUGGAGAAGGCAUCUUGCUUACUUGAAUUCAAAAUAUGCAUCAAAGACUCAUGUAUCAUGUACCAGCGGACAAAAGCUGAUGAAGGGCUUCUGGGGUGGUAUAGGUAUGAAGAAGGGCUGUGGAAAGCAGACGGGAUGAGCUCUCUUGCACUUUGAUUGGAGCCUUCUUAUAAAAUAUUUUAGCAAACAAGUCCUUUGAGUCCUCCCUUGGCAGAGCAUUCUGGGGCUGUUUCUUAGCCAAUGGCUCUCCUGUACCUCCAUGAUUAGAGUAUCUGGUAUCAGAAUCUGUUGUGAGUUAGAAAAGCCAUAAAAAUAUGGACCCUUUACCCCCUAUCGUUGGUGACCAUAGUUCAUUAAUCCCCUUUCCGCCUUUCAGUUGGUGGUUUUCUAUUCGUGCCCAAGAACAAUUAAGAAGUUAAGACUCUUCAAAGGGAAUCCAAACUCUCAGCUUUAACUGUUGUUAUCUUUUUCUUUUUCAAUAAGCUGCUUCAAGAUGC